GGAGCUGCGCGUGCGCGCCGCGGGGCGGGCGCUGGGCGCUGCCGGGGAGGUCGGAGCGCCAUGGUGGCGGCGCCGCGCAUGCGUGGAGCGGGCGGCGCUGAGGCGGCCCGCGGGCAGUUCCUCAAUGGAAAAGGUGUUGAAAAGUGCCUCCAGCACUGUGGAAGCAUGGAGACAAAAUAGUUGCGUACUGAGACCCUCAAGAAACUAUUGGGCAAACUGAUGGCAAUGAAGAGCUUGAACCAUCACUUCAGCAUGGCGGCAACUGAAUCUGACAAGGACUCUGGAUACUCAGAUGGAAGUUCGGAGUGCCUGAGUGCUAUGGAGCAGACUGACUCGGAGGACGUGCUGAACGCAUUGUGUUGGAACGCAGAGGAUGGGCCUUGGCCAUGCCCGGUGACCACAAGCAACUCCUUUCCUGCACUUUCUCCUAUGGUCGUGAUGAAAAAUGUUCUUGUUAAGCAGGGCAGUUCUUCCCAGCUCCAGUCUUGGACGGUCCAGCCAUCCUUUGAAGUGAUUCCAGCUCAGCCACAGCUAGUGUUUCUUCACCCAUCAAUCCCACCUCCCAUUAACCCUCACCCUGCUGGGAAAAAGAGAAAUGACUCCACUAACUACCUGCCCAUCCUGAACUCUUAUCCCAAAAUAGCACCGCAGCCUUGCAAGAGAGAUCACUCCUUUGAUCUAGAGGAUCGUCAGGAAACCAGUUGCCAUAAACGACUCUGCACAGAAGCACCCAAGAUGGAGACUUCCCCUGUAUCAAGGAGCACAGGUUUGCCUACCAGUCCUUUUGCCCACCUACCAGUUAGCUUUAAGACCCCUCAGGAUUCUAAUCAGCAGAAUCCUUCAACUUUGGUGACAAGUGGGAAAGUGUCAGCCCUUUCUGGUUUCCAUCGUCUUUCUGCUGAUGCUCAGAAACUCCCAGGUCUGGCUCCCCUUUUGCCUUUUGGAACUCUGCAGGCAGCGAAGUGUGCCCCUCAUGAGAAUGAGAGUGCAGCACAGACGCCAAUGCAAUCUGCAGUGUGGAGUCCCCCGUUGAUACCAGAAGAGACUUGCGCUACCCCUGAGCUGCUGUUGCAACAGCAAAGCAAGUGCAGACGUUUUCAGAACACGCUCGUCGUGCUGCGCAGGUCAGGAUUGCUGGAGAUCACUUUAAAAACCAAGGAGCUCAUUCAUCAGAAUCAGGUGACUCAGGCUGAGCUGGACAGGCUGAAGCACCAAACACAGCUUUUCAUAGAGGCAAUAAAGAACAAUGCUCCGCAGUCAUGGGCAGAGCUAGAAGCAUCUCUAACAGGAUCAGAGAAAGCUAAUAGCAACCUCGAAGACUCCGCUUAUCCAAACAUGUAGUAAAAAGAGGCAGGCUGCGUAAGAGAGCUAAGAAUGUCUUUUCCUAAGAAGGGUAAGAAAUCUGGAUUGUUUAUGGUGUGUUCAUUUCCACUUGAAAAUGCUUUCAAAAAAUUAUGUUGUCUAGGUCACUGGGUAUUUUGAUGCUCUGAUCACUUCUAUCAGCUGCUUCAGAUUUUUAGAAGAGGAACUUGAAAAUAGAGCAGAUCUCAUGCUAAUUUAUGAUUAGACCUCUUCAUUUUCUGAUGCCUCUGAGAAUCAAGAUUGCAGAAGACCGUGAAGAAUGUUUUUGUAGUCUUCCUAAAAUACAUGCAUUAGAGAAAGUGUAAGGGGCUUCCCUCUCUAAGGGGUUUCCCCCUUUUUAGAGUGAUGAAAAGAAAUGCUGUACGUGCCUCAAGAAGAGGAGAAAUGUGAGUCAAGCUUGUACUACCUAUAGGCUUAAAGAGAAAUUUUGUGGCAGGAUUCACCCUAGAGCCCUACUUGAACUGUAACAAACUCAUAGCAAUGCCUUUUCUGGUAUCCUGCCCACCUGCUGAAGGCUAGUGCAGUACGUGGGAAUUUAUUAAGAGAAAAAUUUUCAUAGGCUGUGUUCUAUCAUGUUUUUUGUCUAAAUAUAACUGCUACGAUUGUGUGUAAUAGUAUGUCUCAUAACUCACAGCACAGCAAUAUCCAAACUCCAGCAACACUGAAGGCAGCAUAAUACAGAGUAAUAAUGUAGGACAUAUCCAGCUCUUCUGGACCUGUGAUAUCCCCGUUGAAUGACAUUUGGGGGCAUAGAUGUGAUGGUGCCUUGGGCCAUUUGCACAAAAGAAUCCUAGAAGAUAAGACUGUUUCUUCUGAGCUUCUUAGAGGAAGGGGAGGAGGGAGUAGUUCCAUUCGUCUGAUACCUGUAAUAAGCAUAAAGGUAAGGUGUGGGAAAGUGCAUAGGAUAUCUUUUCUAUUUUUCCUAAAAUUCUUUUUCUACCCAUCAAUUAUAGAGGGGAAUAGGAAGUUAAGAAUGUAUGUAUUUUUAGGAAGUGGUUGUUCUACAAAACAAGGUGAUGGAGUCAGGCUUCCCUAGGAAGCCUGUUCCAGUGUUUGACCACCCUCACAGUAAAGAAAUUUUUCCUAAUAUUGAGUCUCUUCUCCAUCCUAUUUCUACUACUCUGAUGGUGUAAAAGGAAGGGAAAAACUGGCCUCGCAGGGUGAUGCCCUUUGACUUAGGGAGACCAUAGCUGAGGAAACUUAGUCCACACAUACACUCUCCCCAAUAGCACCGAGGGUGGGCUGAAGCGUGUGCUUAUAGAUGAUGGGCAUUUCAGCUGGUGUAAUUUAUAUUAGCAUGUAUCUCAGUAAGUCUGUGAACAAAUUCCAGCAGCUGGUUAGAAAUCUACUAGCCACCAGGCCAGACUUACAGUAUUUGCUGAACUAGAAAAAUCUAUUCUAGAACUAUUAUAUGUAAAUCUGGGGCCCCAUAGGAUGUCCCUAGAUAAAUGUUUCAUCAAGAUUUGCAGUAAUAAAAAAGGUUGUUGAAGGCCCCUAAUAAUAAAUCCAUCCUGAAAUACCUUUCUAUUCAGUUUCUCAUAGCUGCCUUUAUUCUUGGAAGCCCUGGUAAAGCUUUAACAGUAAGAGCUUUCCUUUCUUGGCUGCAAUUUAAUAAAAUAGGUUAGCUUGGAGCUGUUCUGAGAAAAUUAGUUGACUGUAUUAGGACCAGAAUAGAUCUCGAUUCUGGACAGGGUCUGGAAUUGGUCCAGUAGAGAUGAGCAGAAACAUUAGCCUCUGAUUGGAAACCUGUAAGCACUAAACUUACAGAUUUUUGGUGUUUGAAAGAGUAAGACUUUGCAUUAACAACUUAGCCUGAAGACAGCUGUCCCAGUCUAAAAAGUCAGUGAGACGGUCUGCUGGGGCUUCGGGUGCUGCUGACAUGCAUGCAUGGUAGCUUGAUGGCUCAGACAGACUGCUGUUUUUCUAUUAAGUUUUAAUAAAUGUUGGUAUUUUUGAUUACUUUUGCUAUGUAUUUUUGAAGUUCUACUGCUCUAGUUGGAAUGUAAACAUUUUCUGUACUUUUAAGUCUCCAUUGCCAGCUUUGAAUAAAGUAGUCUAAGAACUCUGUUACAGAACAUGACCUUUUUGUUAAAGAUUUAUAGAAACAGACUGUGAAAUAUGAAUAAAAUAAAGUAUAUACUUGACAAGUCUAUGGGUUAGUCUAAUGCUGUUGAACUGCAAAGUCCUUAAUUCCAAAGCAUGCUUUACAUAGUUCCACAAGAGCGUGUUUCCCAUGUGGGAAAGUGCAGAUCACAAAAGUGAUACUAUGAUUCCUCUCCAAAGGGCGUCAUGUGAGCUUUAACAGUAUGUAUGAAUUAAAGGGUUUCUGGGAGGAGCAUGGGUAAAAGUGGGCUGUACAGAACACUAAAAAUACAUUGCGGUGGGUGACCAUUGCCAUAGAUCUGUCAUGAGAAACCUGGAAGAAUUUUUGAAUCUUAACUGUUAUCUCCAUGUGAUGACUGUACAUAAUGCUCACCGUCUGUGCGGGGUGAACUCCUACACUAUCGCAAUCCUGUCAGCCAGAUAUGCAGAAAAUCUGAAUUGUGAAGUGAGAGAGUGGGUAUCUUGGCUGCUGAAAGAGUUACUUGAGUGAAAUUUUGCUCCCUCUCUUGAAGGAGAAAU